AUGCUAAUUGAGAGUGGAUCUCAGAGUACAACAGGAUCAUCAGGUCUUGUGAAGGGACUGUAUACUGAAGUACAAAACUUAUAUAAAACACUAUCAAUACUAACACGUGGGACUGAAACGCUAUCGACUGAUACAAACCGAAUAAGUAUGGAAUUAUUAGGUUUAAAUAAUUUAAUUGAAACAGUGUAUAACGAUAUGAAUGAACUGAAGAAAAGCAAUGGAAAGGAAGAAAGUUCUAUCUCAGCUAUCAAGUUGAGUCAAGAAACUACACUUCAAGAAUUGUCGAAUAUAAAACAGAAAGUAGAAGAAAAGGAGUUGGCUUCAAGUGAUGGUACGUUUAUAUGGAUAAUAACACAAGUGAUGAAUAAAAUGGCUGAUGCACAAAGUGACAGACAACCUUCGAUACUCUCACCUCCAUUCUAUUCGUCACCAGUUGGAUACAAAAUGAGAGCUCGUUUAUACUUAAAUGGUGAUGGCAAUGCAAAAAGAACGCAUAUAUCACUUUUCUUCGUUAUUAUGAAAGGUGAGCAUGACGCUAUUCUCACUUGGCCGUUUGAUUAUAAAGUGACAUUUUGUUUACUUGAUCAAUCUGGACAAAAUCAACAUAUAAGUGAUUCGUUUCGUCCCGAUACGAAGUCAAAUAGUUUUCAACGACCCCGAUCGGAGAUGAAUAUUGCAAGUGGUAUACCAAAAUUUUAUCCUUUACCAAUCAUUCAACAGAAUAAUAACAGUUAUGUGAGAGAUGAUACAAUGUUCAUAAAAGUCAUGGUUGAUUUUGCUAAUAUGCCCAAAACGAUGUUACCAUAUACACUUAGUCUCAAUCCUGGUUUGCCAGAUUAUAUUCAACAAUCCCUAAUUAUCGCAGAGGCUAAGAAACGUGAAAAUGUAACAGCUUCGAUUGUUACUCGAACAGAGUAA